UUCAGGUAUAUAUACUAUAUUAAAUUCUCCCCUCCCUUUUAUCCUUACCUUAGAUAUAUAAUCAGGGGAGUUAGUAGAGAAAUACAGAUUCCUCGGUACCAAGCUUAUUACAUUACUAUACCAAUCCAUAAUACAUGUCUCCGUUACUAAAGUUCUAUUCUGACUCUCUCGCAGUACCAGUUUCUCAAGCAGAUGGGGAGCUGGACGAAACGAUGGCAGAGCUUGGGAAAUCCGACAGUAUGACAGUCGAUGCCGUUGGAGAAUCGAACAACAAAACACUGGAUGUACUUGUGGAGGCGGAUAAAGCAACAGACGUGCUUGGGGAGUCGGUGGCCAUCGAUGUGCGCGACGCGGCUGAAGUGGAUCCUACAACCUUCGAUUACGAUAUGAUGGAUUUAGAUACGGCAGAGGGAAAGAACAGCGUAGAAGUCGAUGGGGUCGAAAUGUUCGGGGGAGGCGACUCGAUAGAAGCAGCUGCUACCCUUUCCACACUGAGCCAACAUAAUAUUCCUCCAUCCUUUGAUAAUCUUGGCGGUUGGCAGGUAGUCAAUCGGCAGAGGACGCCGCUUCCGGAUGGUCGAGAAGGUUGGGGAGCAGCCAAGUCGAAGCUCUCGACGAGAAUAGAUCGAAAGGAGCUGCUUGAUGGGUGGGAUUGGGUUUUUCAGAAGAAAUAGAUGUUAUUGCGCGGAUGGCAGAGCUCCCGGCAACACCACAAUCGUCGAGGUCUGUGUAUAGAUGCGGUCAGCACUGGGAUCGGCUCUUUACUAGGGUGGAUGAACUCAAUUUCUUCUUAGCUUCUGAUUAUUAAACGUUUAUUUGCAUCCUGAUUUUGUUGUUG